AUGAAUGCAGAGGAAGCAGAUGCGGCUGAAGCUCUAAUGGGUGUUCAAUGGGCCCGGGAGGUAGGGAUAAGAAGACUUCAUCUAGAGGGAGAUUGUCAAAAUGUAUUACGAGCAAUGAACGGUGCAAGAAAUUCAGUCAAAUGGACCACCAACAGCUGGAUUGAGGAUAUAUUAGUUUAUUUAAACGAUAAUUUUGAGUCUUGGGUUAGAAGAAGUGGUGUUGAACAAGGGUUAGCUGCAGGUUCAUGGCAUUGUGCUACAGUCAUUGCAUGUAGUCCUCUCAGCUGCACUGUCAAGUAUGAUCAUCACCUUUUAGAUGGUAUGACGGAUAUGAUUAAUCUUGAUCAUUCUUAUAAUCAUGGAUGUUUAAUUAGGCCGAUUCCCCCUUGUACAGUUCAAUUUAGUCUGCAUUAUGGACUUUGUGUUGAUGCAUUAGUUAAUAAAGCAUGGCGUGAAGGUGUAGUUUUCGAUUACGAAGGCGGGGUUUCAGAAAGACUAGUAUUUUUUCCUGACAUAGGUGAUGCACAAAUGAUGAAAAUUGAUGAGUUAAGGGUGACACAAGAUUGGUAUGAAGUUAGUGAGAGUUGGAAGGUUAGAGGGAAUUGGAUAUUGCUUGAUUUGAUUGAGGAGUAUGAAAUGGAGUUUCCGAAUGUGGUUUCAGUUAGACAGAUUUGGUAUGACUUGAAACAAAAGGAGGCAUUUAGGAAUAAAGAGUGGAUUUGUAAUGACAAGUCAAUGUGGGUUGAUUUGUUGUGGGAGUGCAUUUUGCAGAAUUUGGAUACAUGUGUUGAGUAUGCUCUUAAUGUACUUGUUGGAGAUCCGGUUGAAGAGCCAAUUCAGAAGCCAAGGAGGAGUAGUAGAAUGAAGAACUGUAUGGAUGUUUCGGAAGACAGGGAAGAAGGAAAUCAGUUUGCAAAAUCUUUAUGUGUUGACCCUGCUGAGAAUUUGAGUGAAGCCGAAGAUGAUGAAGAAUAUUAUCCAAUUUCAUUUAAGAGGAGGAGGAGGAGGAAAAUCAAAGCCUCGGUUGCUGAGAAUUUGAGUGAAGCUGAAGAUGACGAAGAAUAUUAUCCAAUUUCAUUCCAGAGGAGAAAGAGGAAAAUCAAAGCCUCAAUGUGGACACCUUUUACUGAAGCUAAGUUCUGCCCUGAAGCUUUAGCGAAUUAUUUAAAAGCAGGUGAAAAGCAUUCCCAAUUAGAAGCUAGGAUGCAUCUUUGUUAUAUAGGUUGGAAGAUCGAGUACAAAAGAGAGAAGCGUGGUCAGGUUAUAUUCCGUUAUGUACCACCCAAGGGAGGGGUCUUGUAUUCUCUUCGUGUCGCAUGCCAGGUUAUGACUUCAAAACUUCAGCAGGUUCCUUUAUCUAGGACACGCAGAAAUGAUUGUCGUCCUAGUAUGGUAUCUGAACCACUUCAUUCGGAAACUUAUGAAAGUCAUGUAACACCUACAACUCAUAGCAAAUUGGAUGUGAUACCUGAGUAUUGGCCUAAGCCGUUGAGAGAUUAUCUGGUGGCAUAUCGGGCUAAAAAGAAAAAUGUUGAGUGCUUACGCAGAAAAGCAAAGGAGCACCUCUCAGGUGUUGGUUGGACUUUGUCUCCUGGUUAUGUUUCUCCAAAGACCAAAGAGGUUCGUUAUGUUUCUCCAAGCAAGAAUGCAUAUCGUUCUCUUUUGACCGCCUGCUUAGUACAUUGUAAAGAAGAAGACGAGUAUUAUAAAAACCUGGAAGUCAGUAAUAUACGAGAAAAAAGAUGCAGGAAGCAGCGGAAGAGACAAAAAAGCAGUUCUUUCCUUCAUAGUGGCAGUAAAAUAUGUGGCAAACUGAAGAAAAAGAAGGCCACUGAGUGCAAAACCUGUGUUCCACAUUCGAGCAAAAGGGCACGGCAAGUUGUGGUACCUAGUUCUGCAGAUCGCAUCCCUCGAACUGUUCUCUCUUGGUUGAUAGAACAUAAUGUAGUUAUGCCAAGGGAAAAAGUACGUUACUUGAGUGUAAAAGACGGAUCUAUAAUUGGAGAAGGAGAAAUUAACUGUAACGGAAUUAAGUGCAAUUGUUGCGAAGAUGUUUUUGGUCUGUCUAACUUUGGACGUCAUGCUGGUAGCUAUUAUACGCAACCAUCAGCCAGGAUUUUCUUGCAAGAUGGAAGGUCGCUCUUAGACUGCCAAAAGCAACUACUGAAGAAUCAGCUGGAUGACAUUGAAGUCGAACCUUGUCAGAGAUUCAAAAGAGAUCCGGUGGAUAGAAUGAAUGAUGACAUAUGCUCUAUUUGUCAGUAUGGGGGUGAGCUGGUGCUUUGUGACCGAUGCCCGUCCGCAUUUCAUUUGAAUUGCCUAGGGAUAAAAGAUUUGCCGGAUGGAAAUUGGUUCUGCCCUUCUUGUCAGUGUGGAAUAUGUGGCCAGAGCGAGAUCGCAGGCGACUCUGAACAGCACCCUGAAAAGGAAAUUAUACGCUGUGAUCAAUGCAAUCAUGAAUUUCACGCGGGGUGUGUUACAAAAAGAGGGUUGGGUAUGCUGGAGUUUGAACCUAGCAGUAGUUGGUUUUGCGGUAUAAGGUGUGAAAAGUUAUCUGCAAGUCUCCACAAACUUUUGGGAAAGUCAGUUGCUGUGGGUGUUGAUAGUUUAUCAUGGACUAUUUUGCAGCCUAGAAGAGAUGCAUGCCACCCUUUUGCUCCAUCUGAUGCGGAGGCUGAUAUGGAGCUUCAGAGUAAGCUGAAUGUAGCACUUGGCGUAAUGCACGAGUGUUUCGAGCCCAUUACAGAGCCUUAUACAAAGAGAGAUCUCGUAAAAGAUAUUCUUUUCAACAAUACGUCAGAGCUGAACCGGUUAAACUUUUCGGGAUUUUAUACGGUGCUCUUGGAGCGAGAGGACGAGCUCAUAUCUGUCGCAACAGUUAGGAUACAUGACGUAAAGGUUGCAGAAGUACCCCUUGUUGGUACACGUGUCCAAUAUCGUAGGCAAGGGAUGUGCCGAAUUCUACUUGAUGUUCUUGAAAACAAGCUCAGGGAAUUAGAGGUGGAGAGGCUGAUUUUACCUGCUGUUCCGCAAGUGCUACAAUCAUGGACUACUUCCUUCGGUUUCUCUAAGAUGUCAGAAUCUGAGAGAUUAGAGUUUUUACGCUACACUUUCUUGGAUUUCCAGGAUACCACAAUGUGCCAGAAAAUCUUAAGGAUGUCGCCUGCAGCAGAAGCAACAAUGAGACCAAGAAGGAACCCACCUAAACACAUAAUCAAGUACAAACAAAGGAAAGAAAAUACUGAGACAAGUGGGAGCAUUAUCAUUCCUGCAUUAAUUCAAGCGGGAGAAGCCGAAUGGAGUCAACAUGCCGAGCAACAGCAAGUAGAAGCUGACGUUGACGAUGUUUCUGACUCAGUUGUGACAGCUCUUCCACUACAGAUGACAACGACGUUGCAAGAUGAGACUGAGCAAAAUUGGCACAGCAGUGAGCCCUCCAUCUUUCAGGAGUGCCUUUCAAAAGAUUCCUACGGCGAACGGCAGGAUUACCAAUGCUCACACGAGAGGACACUACCAGUUGAGAAGUUUGCAUUAGUAGUUUACGGAGAAAACAAAAGCUGA